AUGGCCACCCGAACUCCUCUUUCCUAUCGAGACAAAGAUGACUUUGGCCGUCCUAAACCUCCUUCCCUCCAGACCGAUCAAUGGCGAUCGACCCUUAGGUUUCGUCGGAAAAGACGUCCCAUCUUCAUUGUCAUUGCAAUCUGCGCAAUUUUAUACCUUUUCUUCCACUCGAAAUGGUGGAAUGACGGCCUCUUGCUUGCCGAUGGCCCCGUAUCAGACCACGCGACCAACCCCGCCGCCAUACCGAAAGAUUCCAAAUUCGGUUCUGCCCCUCCAUCGCAUAAUGCUGUGAAGGUGGACCCUUCGAUGAAGUCGGCGGAUCCGAAUGCCUCUAAGUUUAUAUAUAAUGGCCCAAUUCGCUUUCUCGGACUGUACGAGACGCUGGCUAAGGUCCAGUCGUUCAACUCCAAGCUCCGAAACAGACAUGUCGUCUUUGUCGCUGCGAAUAUGAACACCGCUUCUAUACUCGCUGGUGUCGCUUGCGAAAUGUCCGUUGCUAAGAAGAACGUGGUUCACCUGGCCCUAGUUGGAAGAAACGAACUGUCAAUCGAAUUCUUUAGGAAAGCAAACGGUAUGAACAGUGAUGGGUGUGGUGUGAUAAUACAUGAUGCAAGACCAGACUAUGCAAGUGUGUCUACGGACGAUCGUAUGGGGCUCUCCCUCAAAUCGUCAUUGAAAUAUAUUAGGGAAUAUAUCACCCCGACAGUUUUCGUAUCCGACAUGGACCGAGAGGAUCUAUGGUUCCAAAAGUCGAUUGUUCAGAAGUCAAAGGACCUCGGUAUCACACAUAUCAAGUUACCCCACGAUGUCAGUACGAUACCUUGGUUCCAAAAGUUAGAUGCUGUUUCUCUAGGUGCUUGGGACAAGCCUUUGAUCGAUAUUGUCAUCCAUGCCGAUUCUCAUAGUGGUCAACUAAUUCGCCUGUUGAAAUCACUGAAAAAUGCCGACUACUUCACUGCUUCCCUCCCUCGGCUAUAUAUUGAUCUCAACCCUGACACUGACUCAACAAUCCGCGAUUUUAUAAAUGGCUUCAACUGGCCAUCAAAAGACCGGAUAUUCAUUCGACAUCGUAUAACCCCACGGUCGACCUCCCUUGACGAAGACCCAACAGAAUUUGUCGAAUCAUUUUACCCAAAUGGCAAAGAAUCAGCAGUUUUAUUCCUUUCGCCAAAUAUCGAAUUGUCUCCCUUUUAUUUUCAGUUCCUUUUUUACUCUAUAUUGGAAUAUAAACACUCAAACGCCCAAUUUGCCCUUGACUCAAGUUUAAUAUAUGGAAUCUCCCUUGAUGCGCCACUAUCCCGCGUCGAUGGGAAACCCUUCGAUCCAUCUGUCAUCGUGCCUUCUCCCCCUUCUGAAAAUGAAGACCGCUAUCUAACUCCAUACCUUUAUGCCGCACCAACCACCCAUGCCACACUCUUCUUCGGUAAUCAUUGGCGUCUUCUCCAUCUCUACAUCGCUAGGCGUCUGGAUCAAGCGUACACCAAAGGAGUCGACUAUACCAUCCCAGCCACACUAUCAAAAUCCUUCCCUCAAUGGAACAAACACUUCCUAGAACUGCUCACCGCAGGAGGAUACUUGAUGUUAUACCCCAACUUCGAUCCCGCUGAUUCCCUAGCGGUCUAUCACACCGAAGCCGAGUCUAAGGUAUCAGCCACAGUGAAGGAGAGAGGCAUUAUGAGACUUAAUAAUAUUUUGAAUUACCUGCCCGGUGGAGCGUUACCGAUUUGGACUGGGUUACCGAUUAUUGGGAUGGACGGGAUAAAGACCGACCUCGACAAAUUGUUGGAUACCGCGAAAGAAUAUAAAGAGAAGAUUUUGAAGAAGUGUGGAGGCUUGAAAAAAGAUGAUGGUGUGGAAGAUUCAGUUGAUGAUUUGUUUUGUGAUGGAGACGAGGGGAUUAAGGAGAAGCAGAGGCUGGAGAGACUAGAUGCAGGGAAAGUGGAAAGAGCGGCGGAGAAAGAGAGAACUAAGGAAGAGGAAGCGAGGAAGUUGAAGGAGGAAAAGGAGAAGGUGUUACAGUCGGAGAAGCUUAUCAGAGAAAAGGAGAGGAAAAGGCUUGAUAAAAUAAAAAGUGACCAGGACCAACGGAAAUCGAAUCAAGAAGCGGCGAAAGUAGGAAAGAGUAACACCGCGCGGGAGGAGGAACGGCAUGAAGCUCCUAAUCCGAAGAAGGGUCCUGCAAAGGCAGUAGACGGGAGGCCAAGAAUCAUUCCUCACAAGAUCGUAUCACUGGACGACCUUGAUAACGUCCCCGUUGAAGUGAAUGGUGAGCAAAUCAAUGCAAAAGCAAACUAA